GUCGUAGAUUUGGGAGUCAUCAGCACGGCCUCCACACCUCUGCUCCAUCUUCAAGUAUUGCAGCUGGUCGAUGAUGGAGUUGGACGCUGCUCCUCUUAAAGUCGGGCCGCGUGGGACUGGAGGGAGACUGGUAUCGUUGCCGGGAAUUUGUCCAGCCUUCUUGAAAGUUUCUGUGCUGGCACCUGUCAGGUCUCUGGUGUCUCUUGGCAGUGCUCAGCAUCGUGGGGCAAGUUUUACUGUUACCGUUGAUGAGGUUUCAGGCCCGGCUCCACUGCUAGUGUAGCGCUCUGCAAGGGCCAUCAACAAUUACGAUGUUAGCCUCAAUAAUAAUCCUUGAUACACUUAUUCAUAACAUCGUAGUGAAGAGCCUGAAAGAUGAGCACCCCAAGCCUGCCUCUCUCCUCCAUCCUGCACUCCAAGCAUGAGGAGGCAGAAGGGGACGAACCAAAGAAAAAGACACGAGAAGAAUGGAAGAAGGCCAAGGAGCUGGAGGAGGCCCGGAAGGCUGGCACAGUGCCGGCCGCCGUGGACGAGGAGGGCAAGGACAUCAACCCUCACAUCCCUCAGUACAUCUCCACAGCACCAUGGUACUUUGGCUCCCUUGGCCCCACCCUCAAGCAUCAGCGGCCUCAGCCAGAGAAACAGGAUGAGAUUACGCACCUCAACGAACACUACAUCCGCGGACAGAAGGGACAACUCUCCACUCGGUUCCGUAAAGGUGCGUGCGAGAACUGUGGUGCAAUGGGCCACAAGAAGAAGGACUGUGUGGAGAGGCCAAGGAAGGUUGGUGCCAAAUUCAACGCUCUGAAUAUUGCCCCCGAUGACAUAGCUCUGCCAAGCCUCAAGCUGGACUUUGAUGGGAAGCGAGACAGGUGGAACGGCUUCGACCCACAGGAGUACACAGCCGUUGUGGAGGAGCAUAAGAAGGUAGAGGACUACAAGCGACAGAUCAAGGCCAAGAAGCUCAAGGAAGGGGAGGAGAUGAGCGGCGACGAGCCAGACGACGACGACGAGGACGAGGACAAGUAUGCCGAGAGUGUGGACAUGCCGGGCACCAAGGUGGACAGCAAGCAGAGGAUCACAGUGCGUAACCUGAGGAUCCGUGAGGACACAGCCAAGUACCUGCGAAACCUUGACCCCAACUCUGCCUACUACGACCCCAAGACUCGCUCCAUGAGGGACAACCCGUACAAGAUCUCCGGCAGGAAGGAAGACGAGUAUGACUUUGCCGGAGAGAAUUUUGUGCGGUUCACGGGCGACACGGUGAACCAGGCCAAGGCUCAGCUGUUUGCCUGGGACGCUUAUGAGAAGGGUGUGGAUGUGAGUCUGCAGGCAGAACCCACCAAGCUUGAACUCCUCAAGAAACAGUUUGUCGAGAAGAAGGACGAGUUCAAAAAGAAGGUUUCGGACGACCUUCUCGAAAAGUAUGGCGGCAAGGAGUACCUGGACACCCCCCCGCCCGAGCUUCUCCUUGCUCAGACAGAAAAUUACGUUGAAUAUUCCCGUCACGGCAAGAUCAUCAAGGGUGCAGAGAAACCGACGGUACGUUCCAAGUAUGAAGAAGACGUGUACCACAGGAACCACACCAGUGUUUGGGGAAGCUACUGGCGGGAUGGCCACUGGGGGUACGGCUGCUGCCACUCCUUUGUUAAGAACUCCUACUGUACAGGAGAGGCCGGGAAGGCAGCCAACACUGGGGCGGCACCGCUCACCAUACCCACCAAGGAGGAGGAGGAGGAGGAGGUGGAGGAGGAAAAAGAAGAGAAGACCUUGCUGGAGAUGCACACAGAGAAAAAGCAGAAAAAGAACAGGAAAAGGAGGAAGAACAGGAACAAAAAGAAGAAGAAAGAGGAGAGCAGUAGCAGUAGCAGCAGCAGUGACAGCAGCAGCAGCAGCGACUCGAGCAGUGAAUCGGAGAACGAGAAGGAAGAGAAACGCAAGAAGAAACUCCGGGAAGCGUUGAUCCGCGCCAAGCUGGAAGAGGACGCCGCAGACAGCCUGGCAAAGUUGGACGAGAGGCAGCGGAAGUACAACUCAAUGUACAACACCAAGGCGCCCACGGAAGAGGAGAUUGAGGCCUUCCAGAUGAGGAGGCAGCGCGAGGACGAUCCCAUGGCGGCGUUCCUCGGCAAGUGAGGCAAACACAUGGUCUAGGCUUUUCCAAUUCCUUGUGUUUAGAUGCUAUGGACAGUAAGGUGUUGAUAUGAUACUGACUGCCCACAGAGAGAGAGAGGAGGAGAGGCAAGGAAAAGGGAAGAAGAGAGGAAAGGAAAAGAGGAGAGGAGAGAAGGGAAGAAGAGAGGAAGAGAGAAGAGGAGAAGAGAAAGAGAGAGACUAUUCUUCUCUAACUUAUGUGUAUCCAUAGCCUUCCAUGACUAAUUUUUAAACAAGGUGAGAUAUUAAAUGCAGCCAGUGACUACUUGCAGAAGCUUAGAAAUUGCAGUCUGGCUAUGAAAUUGGCUUAUUAAUUUUCAUGGAUAAUAGUAAUACUAACAUGCCUAUGCAUUGGACCCUCAGAAUUAUGUACGAGACCUACAUACUAAAAUGUCCAUGGGUUUAGUAGGACUCCUAGUGGAAAAAUGCUUGUGGAAGCUCCGUGUGCAGUACAUGCUUGUAGACCUAUUUUUGUAAGGUACAUUUUUCGUUAAUACUAUACAGAUGUGACCACAAACAUGGAUCAUAAAUCACAGACAAAUGGAUCCCCAGCCUUGCCCAGUAGCCAUGGUUUCCUGGGCUGUAGACAACCACACUGAUCUACUUGAUGUCAUAGCUUAAUAUAUGAGUUUUUUGAGGCAUUGCAAAAGCUUAGGUUGUUGGUACAUGUGAUGAAGAACUAAUGUUUUACUGUUAUAAUAUGAAUUUUGAGUUUACAGUCCACCUGUUGUGCUGCAUUAUGUAAUGAUUGGCUAACACGGUCACGGUGAGAGUUUAUGGCCAUGAAAUUUACUAAAUCUGGAUAAUCAAAAUUCCAGUGCACUUUAGAUUUUCGGAUUGACCUUUGUCAUAAUGCCCAGCAGUUAGCAUGCAUUUUUUUCUUAGUCGUGAGUGUACUUUCCUUCAACAAUUACUGAUUGAUAUUAUUAUUUCACAUAAUUUUGGUGAGUGACCUCAGAAGUAAGUGUGAAUGUAAUGUACAUUUAGCGUAUCAGUCAAGAGGUUGAGCGGGUUAAGAUUCCAGGGUGCAUGUAGAGAGCAGCAACCCUUACCAGUACUGGUGCAGCAUAUAGUCAUUCCUGGCAUCAGCAAGUCUCUGGAUGAAGGGGAGGUGGUAGUGUGCUGAGGAGCUGCACUGCUCAGUGCAGAGUAGUUCCGAGAAGUUGCCUGUUCAUUUAUUCUCAAUGCAUAUUAAAUCAGGCAAACUGCACAUCAAACAUUGAACUGCCUAGGAAUUACAUUAAAGUAGAAAUGACGUUUUACAUAAAAUGUAAGGUAUUCAUUCUGCUGGUUUUAAGAUGUUCGAUAAUAAAGAAUAGGCAGUGUCACAGAACUACACUGCACCGCCUGGUAUAGCUGUCUGAUAACACACUUCAUCCAGAGGCUUUCUUUUGUCAACUUGGAAGGAGGCUGCCUGCAUGUCUCCUCCUGCAGGUAGUCAUAGCUCUUGAAUAUAGCCAGGUAUGGGUAUGUAAUACUUGUUUUAGGACAACACUAAGCUACUGAUAGUAGUACACUGAGCCUUCAAGUUGUUAUUUUAUAUCUUGAAACAAUAGUCUGUUCAAACCAACUGUUCAUUUUGUUCCCUUUGUAACACCUCACCUGAUUGGGUGGCUUCCUCUCUCUGCUCUUGUGAAGGUGUCACACACAUGCUUUUGUUGUGUUUUUGUUACCUACCUUAGCUUAUCUCUCAUACAAGGUAGGCAAGUUUACUCAACACUAUUAUGCACUACCUGUGAUGGUAGAUCUUAACCAUGUCUGUGUGAGUAACUGUUACUUCUACAAGAGCUAAGGGAGGAGGUUUAACAUGCUGAUAAGAUUCUAGAGGAACAGUUGGUCUGAACAGUUUCUUCAUGGUGGAUUUAAUAUCUUUUUAAGAUUGCAGAGGAAAUUAUUUAAAACUUCCUGUGUUGCAGAAUCUCAUUUGUAAAACUGACUCACAUACUGCAAUUCAUUGGUAAUUGUGCUCUCUCUCUCUGUUCACUCUCAAGAGGCAGUGGCCUGUGUAUGAUGGCGUCAGCUGACAUAACUGAUGCAAUUCCUUGCAAGGGUUUAUAGGUAGGGAAUUACACAAACUUGUAUAUGUAAAUAUUUAUUUUAAUGAUUCCAUAGGUGAUAAAAUAUACAAACUUAUAUUACAUAAAUAUUUAUUCAUAUCACAUAAAAAGUCAGGACUAGUCCUUAAACACAAGAACACUUCAUGGACACCGCCUCAGAUCUGACAGCUACCUCGGCAAGGUAACACAUUAGUCAAGUUCUUGUUGAACACUAAAUUAUACAGUAGGUCAGUGAUUCCCAACCAGGGUUCCGCUGACCAUCAUUGCUGGUUCCGCAAGAAAUAUUGAUAUAAAUAGUUUACAAAUAAUGGUGAUCUGAAUUUACACAUGAACCUUAUCCUCAUCUUAUAUAUAUAUAUAUAUAUAUAUAUAUAUAUAUAUAUAUAUAUAUAUAUAUAUAUAUAUAUAUAUAUAUAUAUAUAUAUAUAUAUAUGAGGAUAAGAUUCAGUGUUGGGACUGUGUGGCAGAGCAGAGGGGAGGAAAGGACCCACAAGAGCCAAUACCACAACAGACUCGCCUCAAAAAUGCAUUCACAUUGUUUCUACCACCAAAAUAUGGGAUGUUCAAAUGAAUCUAAAUGCUGUCAAUAAUAUCAUUUUUGAAGUAGUUAUUAGCAAGAUCCUAUUGAACUAUUUCAUUUGAAGGCUGCACUUGGAGUCUUAAGCUUCAAACAGUUGAUCAGCUUUAAAUAAUUAAUAAACUGAGGAUUAAAAAUGUCACCGACUUCCAGAAUUACAGCCGAGGUGAUUGCAGCAUCCCCUUCUAAACUGAAAUCAUUUGACAAUCGCACCUUGUGAAUGGUUGUGUGUCCAUUUCAUGUACUUCUAGAUAUAUUAGUGUGAAACAUACCUAUGUAGCUAUGACAAUGUAAUUUGCAUGGUUUGGUUUGGUAAAUUUGCAUUGAUAUUUUAUUGAUCAUCAAUUUCAACAUUAAUGCACAUUUUAAGUUUCAGAACACUUACUUUUCAUUAAAUAACCAUGCAAGUUUACCAAUCCAUGCAAAUGACACACACACAGGUGGGACAUGCAUGGACACAAGUUGGUAUGCUAGGAUGGUUUAAGUUGAACACUUGUACUGAUACCAUUUUUCUUAGCUGAUCACACAAGUACUUAUGAUUUCAGAUGAGAAAGUUUUAAUGGUUUCCCUUAAUGUGGCCUGGAUAGGCUGAGCAGGUCAAUCAAUGAAGAAAAAAAGCGUGUUUAUACAAGCGUUCAACAUAUUACAUCUGUUAGUCAAUAAUGUUGUGCCCAGAGCCGAGGCAUUACCAAGGAUACGAGACAAUGAAAGGAUAGUUCACUGAUGCCAUUACUCUGCUAACACUGACAUUUAUCAGUGAUGACAUAGGUAGCACAUUGUGUGGUACUUUGUAUUCUGGGACAGGUUGACUGAGUAUGCCUAAUGGGAACAUAUUCAAACAAAAUUAAGGUUAAUUCUGUCCAUCCAUCUGUAUGAAAUAACCCGCUGUUCAAGUUAUAGUGAAACCAGAUUGGCAAGUCCAUUGUGGCAUUGGCUCCCACAGGUCUUUUCCUCCCCUCUGCUCUGCCACACAGUCCCAACACCUAUCUCUUCCUCUCAUAUGUUACCUACAGCCAACAU